CAGCACCCACCCCGCCUAGUCUCAACAAGUCCCCAUCCUUCAUGAACCGCCUCAGUAGUCCGUUCGCAAAAUCCAAACGCGACACCCCUCCGUCCUCGCCGAAGACCACCGCGCCGCCCACGCCCAGCGCUCUGUGCCCGUCCGAAAGCGAGGCCUCGCUCUCCGAUUGUCCCAAGGACUUGGAGACCCUCCCGCCCAAGAAGAAAAGCCCAUUCUUCCGUUCGACGCAGGCCAGCGUUGAGCGAGCACUGGACAGACUGCUCGAGUACGGCCCCGGCUUUGCCAAAACUGCCCUCGUCUUGUCUCCGGAGCUUCUGAAGGUUGUCCCGGUACCGGGCGUCGCAGAGAUGGCGCGCACGCUCGUUAGCAUCUGGCAGGAAACACAGCGCCUUGAUAUCAACCGCGACGCGUGCUAUAACCUCGUCGUGGGUUGCGCCGGCUUCCUCACGACUAUACGCCAGCAGGUCGACCAAAUAUCGGACCCGAGAGGCGCUGCCAUCCUCGAUGGUGCUGUCCAGGAGAUCAUAAAAAAAUUCGACGCCAUCCAAGCAUACCUCAUCGAGAUCAAUAACUACUCAAGCUUCAGGGCCUUCGCUGAACGCGAUAGAAUCGCGCGUCGCAUCAACGAGCUGAGAAAUGAUCUGCAUCAGGCCAAUUUGGGAUUCAACAACACCGUGCAAGUCUCCAUGAUAUCGCACAUUCAGGGCCUGACCACGGCAUGCGGCAUCGUACCCAUGUCGACUUCCAGAUCUGCGCAGUCUGUGCGUAGCGAGCUCGACAAGGGCCUCAGCCAGUCCGACUCGUGCCUCCGCGGCAUGGGCAUGACGCCGUCGCCGUCGAGCGACUCGGUCGGCGACGCCGCACCCAACAAGCAGCCAGCCCUGAACAUCUCCUUCGCCGCCGCCGGCUGGUCCGACGGCGCGCUCCCGACGCGCGUCACGGACGCGAAGCAGACGUACACAUCCAUGACGCUGUCGCCCAACCAGAUCGAGCGCGUACUUACCCGGCUGCGCGCGCCGGUGGAGGUGGGCGGGGCGGGUUAUAACGAGGAGCAGAUCUGUCGGGAGCUGGCGGAGUUGAGGUUGUUUAUGUCGAGGGCGGGGAAUAUUCAGGGCAGGCUGUUGGCGUUGCUGGAGGAGGAGGGGUCGCAGAUUCCGGGUGCGCUGAGAGCGUUGCAGUUGCUGUAGGCGGGGAUGGGACGCACAGCGGCGUUCGAGCGAAUGGCUUCACGGCCGUCUGGUUUCUGGACUUGAAGGAAUGGAUACUGCGCGAAAAAAUACAUACUAUACCCUACUGUCUUUUUACAGGGAAAUCGGGCCUCGUAUACAAUGCGUGUCGAAUGCCUCC